CCCACGGGCCGAUGCCCCACCCCCCCGUCCCCCUGCCCUUCGGGGGAAAAGCCUCUGGGCGGAGGAGGCGCUUUCAAAACAAAGAAAUGCGGCAUGGAGCCCGGGGAACGCGGGUGGAGAGGAAGGCGGAGGAGGCGCGGCCAAACCCGAGCGCCUGCCAGCUUCCCCUCCAGCCGGUCCAGGGGAGGUCUCCCCACCACCCGCCGAAGCUGCGGCGGGGAAGGGGGAGGAUGUCUGCGUUCGGCGGCGGCUUUCCACUUCACUUUUGCAGACCUGGUGUGGAAGGAGCGCGCCCGCUCUGCUACCCCGCGUGGCUGCAGUGCGCCCAUCCCCGAGCCCCACGUCCGUUCUGUCCCGGCUGCAGGGCUGUGCCCGAAAACACGCAGAGCGCUCGGAACGUGCCCAGCAGCCGCGCGACCCGCGUCCGGAGCCGGCUGCCACCGUCCCGCCCUCGCUGCCUCAGCCCCUCGGGCCAGGAAACCGACCUGCCCGCCAGGAGUCGAGGAGCUCCGGCCGCCCUUGUCGCCCCCGCGGCCGCGCAGACAAGGCCCCGCUCCAGGCCGGGGUUUCUCCCGUUCGGGGUGGAACGCAGCCCGGGCUGUGGGUUUAGCAGACACACCUUUAGUCAAGAUCUUGCUGUAUUGCCGAGGCUGGACUCAAACUCCUGGGCUCAAGUGAUUCUCCUGCCUCAGUCUCCUGAGUAGCUAAGACUACAG